AUGUCUGGUCGUCGUCGUCGUCAUCGCAUCAACAAUUCGCGAAUUUUGCGUUUUAAUGCUUCGUUUGUUCAUUUGGUUUGCAUCUGUCUUUUUGUAGUUUUGUUGAUUUUUUUUGCUCUCCCUCGGGUUGGAGGAAUGGCUGUGGCUCUGUUGGCUUUACUCAAGCCAGUUAUAAUCACUAUCUAUCUAUCUAUCUAUCUAUCUAUCUAUCUAUCUAUCUAUCUAUCUAUCUCAGUCUACCAUAUCCAUCUAUCUAUCUAUCUAUCUAUCUAUCUAUCCAUCUAUCUAUCUAUCUAUCUAUCUAUCUUACUCAUAUCUAUCUAUCUAUCUAUCUAUCUAUCUAUCUAUCUCAGUCUACUCAUAUCUAUCUAUCUAUCCCAGUCUACUCACAUCUAUCUAUCUAUCUCAGUCUACUCAUAUCUAUCUAUCUAUCCAUCUAUCUAUCUAUCUAUCUAUCUAUCUAUCUAUCUCAGUCUACUCAUAUCUAUCUAUCUAUCUAUCUAUCUAUCUAUCUAUCUCAGUCUACUCAUAUCUAUCUAUCUAUCUCAGUCUACUCAUAUCUAUCUAUCUAUCUAUCUAUCUAUCUAUCUAUCUAUCUAUCUAUCUAUCUAUCUCAGUCUACUCAUAUCUAUCUAUCUAUCUAUCUAUCUAUCUAUCUAUCUAUCUAUCUAUCUAUCUCAGUUUACUCAUAUCUAUCUAUCUAUCUAUCUAUCUAUCUAUCUAUCUAUCUAUCUAUCUAUCUAUCUCAGUUUACUCAUAUCUAUCUAUCUAUCUAUCUAUCUAUCUAUCUAUCUAUCUAUCUAUCUAUCUAUUUUGGUACAAAGGUGGGACAACUGCCUUUCUCUUUCUCCCUCUGUCACUCUCUCUCUCUCUCUCUCUCCUACUCUCUGCUACUUCCAUCGUCAUUCAUUCAUUCUUUCUUUCUUUCUUUCUUUCUUUCUUUUCACCUGUUUUCUAUUUACUAUUUCGUUCUUUCUUUCAAUCGUAUGUAGCAUUCUUUUUCUGUUUUUUUGUAUUAUUUCCCUUUUUAUGACUUUCUUUCUUUCUUUCUUUCUUUCUUUUUCACUAUCUGUCACUCCUAUUUUCGCUGUCUCUGUCUCUCACCCAUUACUUUCCUUCUUCCCCAUACAACUUCGCUAA